AUGAACUAUCCCGCCUACACUGGGGACUUCUCUGACGACCGUGCAGGGUUUGAUGAUGAGGCAGAGGAGGAAGUUCUUCCCUGGAUUGUCUGGUUUUGUGAAUUAAAAAGUCAUGAAUUCUUCUGUGUUGUGGACCGCGACUUUAUUGAUGAUGAAUUCAAUCUCACUGGUCUUUCCACUAUGGUUUCUUUCUACCACUACGCCCUCGAUCUUAUUCUGGAUUUGGAAACCCAAAACAGUGCUCGACUAACAGAAGAGCAGCAGCGACUGGUGGAGGCUUCUGCAGAGACAUUAUAUGGUCUUAUUCACGCCCGCUUUAUUACCACCCAACGGGGAUUAAAAUUAAUGGAAGAGAAAUUCGCUGAAGGGGAGUUUGGCCGCUGCCCGCGUGUUUUCUGCGGUGGUCAGGCAGUAUUGCCGGUUGGACAGAGUGAUGUUGUGCGUGAGAGUUCCGUCAAGUUGUAUUGUCCGAAGUGUGAGGAUAUUUAUUAUCCACGAUCCUCUCGUCAUCGUACAUUGGAUGGGGCUUUUUGGGGAACGACUUUUCCACAUUUGUUUCUUAUGCAAUUACGAGAAAGUGGGAGAAUCAUUGCAAAGCCAAAACAACAUUAUAUUCCUCGUAUUUAUGGAUUUCGACUUCGGGAUAAAGGAGAUAUGAACGGCGGCAAUAAUACUAAUAAUAAUAAUACUAACAAUAAUAAUAUGGAUAAUACGAAUGCUAAUAACGAUGAGAAGAGCCGGCAUAACGUCAAUGAAGAAGAGGCCGUGGGGAAAGAUGUUAAGGAUGACGAGGAAGAAGAAGAACAAAAAGAAAAAAAAAAGACACAACAACAACAACAUCAUCAUCAUGAACGAGAUCCAGAAAAAGGUCAAGCAGAAGAAGAGGAUGAAGAAGAAGAAGAUGAGGAUGAGGAUGAGGAUGAACAGGCACAAGGGGAGUCCACUGUUGGUACUUCUGUAGGGGAUAGCCAUACAACUUCUAAUACCCACACCAACGCGCGACAAUCGCGUAAUUGCUUUAGAGAUCCAAACAGAGGCCAAAAUUAG